AUGAGCCAGCUUUUGCGAUACAAAUACACCGAUACGCCUGACGGCCAAGACAUAUUUAUGAAGACCGUGGCGGCAUCUAAAUAUGCUGCCUUGGCCGGAGUCGGUAUGAGUACUUUUGAUGUCCUCAUGUAUUCUCAUCCCAAAGGUAUCACUGGUACCGUGGGAAGAUUCGCCUGGUAUAUCGGCCCUUUAGUUGGAAUGGCUUCAGCAUUUACUGUGACAGCUAAUGUAGCAAGAAACGUACGAGGUGUUGAUGACAAAUUCAAUUACUUCUUGGGUGGUGCCGCUGCUGGUAGUAUUUUUAGCGCUUGGCAGCGAGCGCCUAUAAUUGCAGUGCCGGCAAUGGUGAUUCUGGGUUUAGCGGGGAUUGUAAAGAAAACCUCAAUGCAAGAGAAGUGGGAGUUUUUCCCAGAUGUUCAUCAAGCAACUAAGACAAUCAAAUCAGUUAGACAUGACUGGACUUUAGUCAAAGAUCUUGAAGAUAUGAAAGGCUGGACCAAAGGCAACUAA